CCGGGCGGCGGCGGCGGGCGGAUGGCGCCGGGGGCCGCGGCGCGGGCGCGGUACUGCGGGCGCCUCUCCUACCUCUGCCUCAAGUUCACCCUCGUCGCCUACUGCACCGCCUUCUGGAUAAUUGGAGCAUUUGUUCUUGGCGUUGGGAUUUAUGCAGAAGUCGAAAGGCAAAAGUACAAGACCCUGGAAAGCGCCUUCCUAGCUCCGGCAAUUAUUUUAAUCCUUUUGGGCAUUAUAAUGUUCCUCGUAUCCUUUGUGGGCGUCCUGGCUUCCCUGCGAGAUAACUUGCGCCUUCUACAAGCAUUCAUGUACAUCCUCGGUAUUUGUUUGCUGAUUGAACUGACCGGUGGAAUUGUGGCACUGAUCUUCAGAAAUCAGACGAUCGGCUUCUUGAACGAUAAUAUUAGAAGAGGGAUCGAGAAUUACUACGACGAUCUGGACUUCAAGAACAUAAUGGACUUUGUCCAGAAGAAGUUUAAGUGCUGCGGCGGGGAAGACUUCACGGACUGGUCGCAGAACGCGUACCACGACUGCGCCGCCCCGGGACCGCUGGCCUGCGGGGUGCCGUACAGCUGCUGCGUCAGAAACAAGACAGACAUUAUCAACACUAUGUGUGGAUACCAAACUAUUGACAAAGAGCGUUUGAGCGUUCAGCACGUUAUAUACGUCCGAGGAUGCACAAACGCGGUGCUUAUUUGGUUUUUAGACAACUACAGCAUCAUGGCUGGCGUCCUGCUCGGGAUAUUGUUGCCGCAGUUCCUCGGAGUGCUGCUGUCUUUGCUCUACGUGACGCGGGUGGAGGAGAUCAUCGCGGAGCACAAGCUCAGCGAGCGGCUUUUCGGCGCGCCGGGGCCGGAGGCCGAGGCGGCGGGAGCGGGCUGCUGCAUGUGCUACCCGGGGUGACCGCGGCGCGGGACGGGGCCGCCGCGGGAGAGGAGCCGGCGCCCGUCCUGCGCGGCCUCGCCGGCGUGCCGGCGCCUUUCCGGCGAUCCCCCGGUGGUAGGCAGCACGGAAAACUUCUUCCCGGAAAGAUCUGAAGUGCGAUUUCUAGGAAGGGCUCCCGUAUCUCGGCACGCCGCGCUUCGCUGCCUGCCGAUUCAGAUUUUAUUUUCUUACUGACUCCGAAGCAGUAGAGAGAUUUCUUAACGAUGAAUAUUAAACGCGUGUUUAAUAAUUUUUUUUUUUUUAUGCUGAUCUCGAUCGAUUUACUGACAGUAACGGAUGUAAUGCUGAACACUUUCAUUGCUCGGUCUCUUGUGCCUUCUAAUAACAGGGUGAACGCCAAUGUUGAAUCAGUCAGGUAAUGCUUUGAUAUGUUUUUAAUGCAGUUUAUUACUCUGUGGCUUCUGUGUAAGACUUACAGGAUGUUUGUGUCUUGUACGUACUGUAUUUUUCCUCCUGAGUAAAUUAACUAGCCAAUUUAUUGGUUUUGGUGGGAGGUGAGUUUUAUGUGUUGGAAUAUUUCCAAAUUUGAUUCUUCUCAUGAAAAUAAAAAAUAUAAGUUCUUUUAAAAAACACAAAGAUUUUGUUUAAACUGUUUUUUGUGUUGUUAUUUCUCAGUCAAGUGUGUCCGUCAGUUGCUGAAUCAACCAGCAGAAAUACCUGAAUUGGGACGCUGGCUGUGGUGCUCCCUGGCCUGCCGCUUGGGACAAACUCACUAAACUUUUCUGCCUUAUUUUCUUCUUUUUAGUGCACCGGAGACAAUACCUGGAAGUCACUGAGUGGACUAAUGUGGGUGUUUUUGUUUUUGUUUUUGGCCCGAGCAUUUCUCUGCAACGUUUCCAGCCCCAGCUAGACUUGCAGGUGGCAAAAAAAAAAAAAAGUAUACAGAGUUGUUAUGAUAUUUCAAAUAAAUAAAAGGAUGGGGUUAGAAUAAAUCAUUUUGGUUCCUCUCCUAUCGUCGUGAAGCUCUUCUCUUCUGACGCUGCCCUUGGCCCCACCGCGGAGUGUCUAAGGCCGUGCAGGUUCGGGGUUGUCGCCGGCGCGGCGCGGCACGGCACGGUGCGGCACGGCACGGCACGGCACAGCACACUCUAGUGUUCUGUCCAGCGCGUUGCUGCGUGCUCGACCGCUCCGCGUCGCUGUCAGCUAAGUUCUUCUGGCCUUUGCCGUGAAUAACGCGUUUUGGUAGGUUGAGAAGUGAAGUGUGUUUUAAGGGUGGUUUUGUACAAAGAGAGAAAAGGGGAAAAGAAUGGGAGGCUGCAGCCUCGACGGGCAAAGGUGACUGA